CAGCUGCAGUCGCUCGGCAGUGUUCGUCGCGCGAGUUGUUGUUCACGCGCACUCACACAGUGGUUUACUCUGCUCGUCGUCGUCGUCGUCGUCGUCGUCGUCGUUGUUAUUGUUAUUGUUGUUGUUGUUGUUGAUGUGCCACUGUUGCCGCUGCCGCGACGCCGGAGCGAAUGCGCAAUUAGAAAGAGAGAAAAGAUCCAUUGCAAACAUGCCUGCAAUUGCAAAGAUGCUUCCUCGAGCCGAGCCGCCGCAAUAAGCUGCAAAGUCGCAGACGAAAAAAUCAAGCGAUCGAGGAAUGAUGUGCGAGCGAUAGAGAGGUCGAGAUAAAGUGAGAGAGAGAGAGAGAGGCGGAAGUGGAGAACGAUAAAGAUAAUAAAAACAGAAAAGGAAGGCUGGCGGAGGAGGCCGCGUUAAGCGUUGGUGAUGGUCUCGGGAUGGUGUCCGUGUGUUUCCUUAGGGCGGCGGACAAGUUCGCAACAAGCGCAACAGGAACCGUCGCAGGAUCCGUCGACUCGGCAAAAGAAUCGACGUAGCGGCGGCCCGUUUACCAUCAGUGCCGCCAACGACAGACCCGACAUGGUGCAGAUGUUCUAUUAUGAGAACCGUGGCAAGUGCUGCAGAAAGCUACUUCGAUACAACGGUUAUUCCAACAAGGUCUUACUGUUUCCCGAGGAAGGUUGGGCAAGAAGCGCAAGCAGCUCCUACUGGACGCUCACGCCGUUCUGGUGGAGCCGGAGUCGUUGCAAAGUCGUCGAGGUUGCCGGCACCAGGAGAUACAGUACGCAGGCGAAAAUGGUGGACACUGGCACGGGGACGCUUUACAUAAUCGGCUCCUUCAAGAGGAUGACUACCGACGCAGAUUUCAAGCUGUACCUGACGUCGAACGUGUCGUCGAGCGACUUCAACAUGGGCUACAGCAUGACGGGCACACUGGAGCGCGGUUGCAAGAAGACCAACACCUUUCAGACCACUCAUUUCGCGGUGAUACGCAGGCGGGACUACGAGAAGGUCUACGACAAUCCAAGCCCGACCUAGUGCCCCGAUACACCCCCGCUGUCCGACGGCGGACAGAAAUAGGGUGCCUCGAGUGGCGCCUCGUGCGCUUUUUUCCUUUUUCGUUAUUGAUGACGCAAUUCACUGCGUUAGUCAAUCUGUAAAUUAAUGAUCAAUUCGGCGACGCGCAACUUGCGAAAAAAGUUUAUCGAUAAAUGCGUACUCUUACCCCCCGUCCGUUGUGGAUGGAUUAUGGUUUCUCGCAAGUGCUUACCGUCUUUUAACCAUUUUUUCCAUGUUCCAAGUAUUGACGAAGUUUCAUAUGAAUAUUAAAAAAUGCAAGCAACGCGGAGUGCGAGUUAAAAUUUGAUGGUUGGCUUUUAGUGAACGGAUUAUUGGAUCAAGCUUUGUUUUUUAGUUCACGAUAGCAGAAUAUAGAUGAGCAAACUCUAUAAAGAAUACAAAAUGUAUGAAAGAUUUCUAAGCAAUGUUACAAUAAUAACUGUAACAAGAGAUUUAAAGAAUAACAUAGAUAAAUUUUAAACCAGUGUGAUUCAGAGUAACAGUCUGAGAUUAUAUACAUCAAAUUUUAAUUGUGGAUAGCUUUACGGCACUAAAAUACUCGAUGAUACAAAUACUAACGAUUUAGUGAGAGAGCCGAUCAAACGUCAAAAUGUAAUAACGAUUUUUUACGUAAAGAACAUUGCAAGUACAAUUAGAAAAGUGUGCACUACAAAUUACUAUGUGCUUUUAUCGACAACAACUUUUUAACCAAAGUUUUUACAGUAAGUUUAACGAUAUAACGUUGCGUUGAUAUUUUUUAUCAUUAUGAUUAUGUGUGUGUUUUGUCGCACUUAAAAGGCGGAGGCACCCCAUGACAGAGCAAAACGUCCAUAAUAGUUGUAAUAUGUAGGUUUCGUGAUAAAAGACACUUGAAAUAAAUUGACGAAAAAAUUAAUACCAAGGAAUCCUCGCACACGUGUUUUACGAUGGAACGAAAAUAGAAAAAAGUAAACAAUAAAAUUUCGUGUGUUACUAAGUUAGGAUAAAGUGAAAAAUGGUAAGUCGAUGCCAUUGUUCCACUUGUAAGAUAUAAAUAUUCGUGGGAUCGUAAGGGAUAUGAAGGUGCGUUCUCUCGAAAUCGGCGAAAGAGCGUGACGAAGCAUUUCAGCAAGUGCGUAUGAAAAUAAGAAUAAACGCGCUGCCAUAAUACAUUCUAUCGUUACGACGCGCGUAGUCGUUGCAACAAAACUGCGAUCGGGUCUUUACCAAAGUAUUAGCUUGUAAGUUUCUCGGCUGGGAUUUCAUGCGAGUUAAACUGUAGACUAUAGAACUGCCAAAACAAAGGUACACGUAAAAAUGUGUAUCGCAGAGAAUAACAAUGACAGUAAAAGAAUGCGUAAGGUGCUCGCCAACCAAUUUUGCAUGCUCAUUAUCGACGAUCAUUUACCCAUGAGAUAUCUAUUGUAACCUGAAUAUAUCUUGUAUAAAAUACGUUGUAUGUAAACAUUGAUAGGAGAUACGACGUGUUGUGUGUUCCGCAAAUACAAUAUUACAGUAUUAAGACGAAUAUCAAACUAUAUAAGGUACACAUGUGCAAUAGACAGAACUUUUCUCUGCUCGGGAUCAUUGUACAUUAGAGAAUAGUGUGUGGAAUAUAUUUAUUUUUGCUAUCGAGUAGUAGACAUUUUCGUAUCCGUCGAACAUUAACCUACAUAGUUUGUCAUUGUACCUUGAGCCAAAUUUUCAUUGUUACAUUCCCUUUUCUUCACGAUACUGGAUAUGACAAUUACUAUCCGACGUUCUCUUUUUAUUUCCAUGGAAAGUGCAAUAUUUAUGUCAGUUUUAAUUAUUACUAUUUUCAUUCGUCGUGUAAAUAUUCCUUUACUAAUAUUAUUGUCAAGUUGUAAAAAAACGUAUAUACGCUGCUGAUAUUUAGACUAAAAAUUUAUCUAAUAUCUGGUUAGUUUAUGUUAAUUAUCUUUCAUUAAUUAAAAGCAAACAAAUUCAUUGUUAGUUUUUAAAUCAAAUUGCAUUACCUUUUUUUACAGCGUAAAAAAUUACGGUAAUGUUAAUAUGAAGUUACAAGUAAAUACCCAAUAACUUUCCACAACAAUCAAACACGAAAAAUAAAGGAUUCGAAUAUGUAUUUUCAAUAGGUAAAUCUUGCAAGAGCGUUGUUUAAUAAAAAAAUAUAAUAAAUAAGUAAAUAAAUAAAGAAACUAAAAAUAAUAAAAAAGUAAACAAAAAAAGUCAAGCACUAUGUGUGCGUAUGUUUGUUCAAUAACUUUUAACUCAAUCAAAUUAAAAAUACCUUUUGACGUCAUAUGGCUGUCAGUGCAAAUUAUCUUGAUGCUAACAGUAGUGUCACUUCAGUCGCUUUCGGAAUACAUCGACUAUGAUAAUCCCAUAUAGUUGUUAGUGCCAAAAAUAGUAAAAAUAAAGUAAAGCAGUCCUACCGUGUAAGUUGUCGUGAGACUAAGGUAAAUAAGUGACAUAAUGUGAGAAUUACGAGAAUACAAAAAAAAAAAACUAUAUGUGUACACGUAA